ACUGAUAGGUGCGACCGUCGACUUGUGUGUUCGAUCGAACAAGCCGGCGGCUGGUUGCUUCGUACGUGCCUGCUUUGUGCCUGCAUGUCCUAGCUACGUACGUCAAGAAGAAACGAUCCACCUGUGCACUAGCGUAUUUGUGUAGGAUUCUCCAAGGGUUUCUUUUUCCUUUGUGCGAAUAACCGCGCGUCUAGCGGCGGCGGAAACAAAGAGCGGCGGCCGGUGGGUCGAUCUUGUCCGAGAUGGAAUCCAGGAAAGAUCAAUCUGACGAGUUAUCGACGCUGAUACAGGAUAUCAUCUCGCUGGAGAGGGAGCGCAAAGACUUGCUUGGGUCCCUUACUCCCACGAUUUCUCGCUGGGAGGAUAUCCUCUCUGGAACAACAACAUGGGCCGACAACACAAUGUCCGUUCCUGUACACAAGAAGAACACGGACUCGCCGCAGGUUAGAGACGACGAGAAAGAACUCGUCGAUUCCAUCCUCCAAGACACGGAGGACCUGGGCCACCGGCUGCUAUCCAUGUCACAAUAUCUUUGGAUUUCCCAUGCCCGCAUCUCCUUGUACACGGCCGAUGAGCUGGUUACCACAACAUCCAGAUUAAAGAAAAUCUCCAAGGAUUUCUACAAGGCUACCGAGGAGGCGGCAGAGGAGAAGAGGAAGGAAGAUAAGGAGAGGGAUAGGGAGAUGAUGCUGACCCACGAAUUCUUGUGUCUCUCCUCCAGUGUCCUGGCUAGACCCAACCUUUACAAGAAUGAGUUGGCGAUGAUGUUUACGGUAGAGGAUGAGGAGGAGUAUGAGAGGGUGAUGGAGGCGGAGAGGGAGAUGGAGAGGCAGAGGGAGAACUGCAAGCGGCGGAGAAGAAAGAAGAGGCCCCCGAAGAAGCCUCCGAUUGUGGAGGUGGAGCACGCUGCUGACGAGCAGGAAACGAAAUCACAAACGGACCAACUCAAAGAGUGGAUGGAUGAUGAGCUGGAAUUUUUCGCAGGCCACCGUAGCACCUGGGAACGCUCUAGUGGGGACGGUGCGGCGGCUUCGAAGAUAAAACCACAUUGAGUCCUAUGCAGUUUACGCACUGCAUACCCGGUAUCAUCCCGCCCCGUGCCGCUGUCACUGGGAGCACAUUGCAGAUCUACUCCUUCAAAAUUGUUGAACUAAGUGAUGACCUCAAAUGGCCACUCAGGGUGUAUGGUGUGGUCGCUGCCCGAGACACCGUGGACCGCAACCGCAACCUUCUCUUCGCUCGGUCAAGGAUUAGGUGCCAAGUACUCACUCAAGAUGACUCUUAUCUGCGCUUGACUGGCCCUUCUCGUGCAAUUCUAGCUGUGGACUAUGUUGACUUUGAAGUCGAACUAAAAGUACGUGAUGGAGAUGAUGAGCUCAAAGAUACACAGUUGAUGUGUGCCGUCAACCGUUAUGAUGGCAACCGUUAUGAUGAAGCAGAUGACAACGGUGAGCACCGACCUUUACCGUUCGAUAGUCCCUUCUGUAGAGCAGAGUUGAGGUUUGAGAGGCUUCUUACAACGGUUCAAGCCACUAUUUUAUCCAUUCGUUUUAUUGGAGAGGAGUUUCCUUUCAAAUUCGGUGGCCAGGUUGCCUGUGUUAUUGAUGGCACACGUGAGAAGGUUGUUUUGUUUCAUUCCAUUGAAGAACAUGAAGUAGAUCUAGAUGGUUAUGUUCCUUUGUCAAGGAAAGUCGUUUCGGUAGAUAUUAGAGGAGGGUUGGAUGUUGUGGUAGAAGCCUACGGGCGUUCUGGCUCUACAUCUGGUCAUUUCUACUUCCCUUCCAAGUAUUGCAACACAAGUCAGGGUAGAUUUUCCGUCUGUGGUUCUGAGGUGGAGAUUACCGUUGCUUGGUCCCGGCUUGUGGGGGACAAGAUGGCGAUGUUGAUUGAGGGAUACACUACUCAGGUGUAGUGUGCUAUCUGCGAUCAGGA